CCCCAAUAUUGAGUACUAUUUCCACAUAUGCACUUGUGACAGUCCACCUUUGCGAUGGACCGUGAGCUCGAGCUGCUUAACCGCAGCAUAGAUCCAGAGGCAACCGGCUUGGAUUCAAAAUCCGCCAAGGUUGAAAGAUUGAGCACUUUGAGCGAAGAGAAUCGAGAGCAAAGCAAUGAUCGAGCAAGUCCGACCGCGAUGGACAGCAAGAACAGGAGCAAAUGGCGCCUAACUGCCAUUGUCAUCGCUCUUUUUCUUUCACUAUUUGUAGCUGCAUUAGACGCCACUAUAGUAGCUACUGCCGCUCCGACAAUAUCCCGGGACCUGUCGUCGGCCGCCGGUUAUACCUGGAUUGGUGCUGCGUUUCUGCUUGCGAAUGCAGCGUCCGGCGUUAUCUGGGCUAAGCUCUCAGAUAUCUGGGGCCGGAAAAUGAUUGUGCUUGCUGCUCUUGCGGUCUUCUUCGGCUCAUCAGCAGUAUGCGCUACAGCGAAAACGAUGAAGGCACUUAUUGUCGGGAGAGCUCUUCAAGGGUGGGCCAGUGGAGGCUUGAUCCUGCUUGUGCAUGUCUGCAUAAGCGACUUAUUCAGCCUACGACAAAGAAGUCUCUUCAUGGGCCUGAUUGAGGGUAUUUGGGCUCUCGCCGGAGGUAUAGGCCCUAUCCUGGGUGGAGUCUUUGCUAGCUUAGUCUCGUGGAGAUGGUGUUUCUAUAUCAACCUUCCGAUCAGUGGCUCUGCUUUCGUCCUGAUCCUUCUUUUCCUUGACAUUAAACAUGAACAUACCACAUUCAUGCAAGGUAUCAAGGCCAUAGACUGGCUAGGGGUUUUAACUUUCCUAGGUUUCACUUCCAUGGUUCUGCUGGGCCUCGACUUCGGCGGAGCCAUCUUUCCGUGGGACUCAGCCAAAGUUGUAGCCCUCCUAGUCGUGGGAGGGUUGAUGGUUUUCGCUUUCAUUUAUAGCGAAGCACGUGUGUCAAAGUACCCGUUGAUCCCAAUGGAGCUCUUUAAAAACAAGAGUAUCGUUGCGGCUCUCUUUGUCACCUUUUUCCAUGGUUUUGUUUUCAUUAGUGCUGAGUAUUACAUGCCUCUUUUCCUUCAAUCAGUUCUUGAGGCAUCUCCGCUCAGAUCAGGUAUCCUCCUCAUGCCCUUCAUCUUCAUUGGAGCGCUAGCAGGAGUCGCGUCCGGGGUGCUCAUCCAUCGGACUGGUCGUUUCCGCGAGAUAAUCUGGGCUGGGACGAUUCUCCUAUGCAUAGGAUUCGGGCUUUUCAUUUCGUGGGGCCCGCAUACCACCACCGCACAGGCGAUUGGAUACCAGGCAAUUGCCGGUAUAGGGUCGGGCAUGCUAUUCCAGCCGCCUCUCAUUGCUGUUCAAAGCCAAGUUCACCAGCAAGACGUGGCUACCGCGACUUCGACGCUCAGCUUCAUUCGCUGUAUGGCACUCACGGUAUCUGUCGUCGUCGGGGGCACCAUCUUCAUGAAUUCCAUGGACGAUCGGGCUGAGUUGUUGCGAGCGGCCGGUCUGCCCCACAAUCUAUUGAAAGAUCUCUCAGGCGAAAAUGCCAUGGCGAAUGUUAUGCUGGCCGGAACACUACAGAAUCCCAAAUGGGAGCUUGCUGUGAAGGAAGCGUUUUCUUGGUCUAUACGGAACAUGUGGAUCACGUACACUGUAUUUGCGUUUUUAGCAGUCAUCGCUAGCUUCUUCGUCGAGGCAGCGCAUCUGGGGACCGAGCAUACAGAGACAGUUACGGGGCUGAGGAAAGAGAUGAAGGAAAGCUUGCAAGAUAGCUGCUGAUCAGACUUCAAUCGGAGGUCUAAAACAUCGCAGGUCGCACCC